UUACACUAUUAUACAUGACUAAUUCGCACCUGUGCGCAUGCGCACUGGGACAGGUAAUCUACUUCGAAAACAUCAAAGAUGGCGCCCACCUGGACGGCGCAUUUAGUUUUACUUUUACAAGUUUUCACGUUCAUUCUGUGGACGGAUCGCGCAGAAUCUCAGGACUGUACAUUUCCAAAGUAUAUCAAGGGAGAUUACUUUUCUAUGGAAGAUGGACAGAGUGUAAGGACUAUUAUUGAUGACAGAAAAUGGGGUGACUUGGAAUGUAAAGAAAAAUUUGAUCAUCCAAAACCUGUUGCAGGAACUGAGGGUGCAAAUCAUACAUUUCUUGUUCGGAGUGUAAAUAAUGACUGUUUGUACUGCAUAGACGUGUUAUGGAGAACACAAAAUGUUUUGCAGUUCAGGAAAGGUGAUUGUUUGAAGGACUCGACAGGAUCAUUUGUUACAUCUUCCAUACGUGUAAAUACAUCAUGUGAAGGUGUAACAGUUGGACUUCCUGUAGUUGACAGUAUGACUACUAUGUUCAAGAGCACAGAUACAGUAAAUAUUAACUGUAUAUCUACGUUUGAGGGAGUGUUCCAGUUUACAUAUGAAAUAAACUACGGAGGUGGUGGUAUUUGUGACAACCAAGAGAGCCAGAUUCAAGCCUGUCAGGACCCUGGCUCAGCGUACAUUGAUAACCAGGUGUUCAGAUUGAGAUAUGCAAGAUGUCGAGAUGUGGCGACCUCACAGAAUAAAAUGAUCCGUUACCAGUGCUUUGGUACCUGGUUUGUAAUGAGAGGAACGCCAGGAAACCAAAUAGGUUAUACAUACGCUGUCAUAGCAGACACUGUAGAAAACGAUCAAAGAGAAAAAUUUAAGUGUUUGAUGACUAACAGGAACCAGAAAGAAGCUUUCAACAAAGUACGUUGGGUGAUGUCAAGAUUUGCAGAUUGUAAAAACUUGAACAGUAUUUACGACGGUCCAGUCAGACUGGUGCUUACCAGAAUCCCACCGGCUACAACAUAUUUGACACCACAGUGUAGUUUGCCGCGUAACUUGACUGGUACCUGGCUUACACAGGGUGUACAGUACCAGUCUAAUAUUAGGGUCAAUGAUACACAUAUAUAUUUCUUCACACCAAAGAAUGAAUUUGAGUACCAGGAGACAUACUAUUCCUGUCAGCAGUCACAGGGAACCAGACAUCUCAUGACAAAAGUUGUUGUUGGAAAAUGUGAGGUAGACUUCACCUGCUUUGACAUUGUAGCACGCCAUCACAGUAUUGUCAAGUUUAGAGUGGGCAAACCGUACCAAUACAAACAAACCAGUUCAUCAACAAAUGAGGAAGUGAUAGAUCCAAAGAGAAAACUUCGGGAGAUUUUCCGUGAGGCCUGCAGCUGGACAGCAUUUACAUUUAACAGGGACGAGUAUGAGUGGAACUAUGAAACUAUGAUUUUAAACCCUCCCUCACCAGUCGCCUGUCCCAUUGCCGGACGUUACACAUUCAGUCAAACAGUUAGAUCAGAUCUAGAGAAAUUCCAGACCCGUAUCCGUGGUGUGACAGAGAAGCCUCGUGUACAGGUGGCCUGUAGGAACUGGGUAACCGAGUUCAAGUCUUGCAGUAACACUAUGACAAGGAUUGAGGUAGAUGCAGAGUACUGUGAGUCUGUGGACUACAGGGGUAGACCUAUUGGAGAAUAUGAUGAGCCUGACAACAUUUUGACAUGUGUAGGUUUCUGGAUGGAGGACAUGAAAUCUUACCUUGUUACCUGGGACGAGGAAGAUGCCAUCUCGGCAUUUAGAUGCUGGGUAUAUGAGAGAAAGAGCUGGACAGGUGUGUACAUGUCUCGUGCUCAGAAUGCUCGUUGUCCGCGGGAACAGAACGCCAAGUCCUCCAUGAUACCAGGCACAGGUCUUGCCCUUGAUCUGACAGAAAGUGAGAGAUUGUUUGAUGAUUGUCCACAGAGAUUUGAUCCUGGGGCAAAUCCAUACAGCAAGCCUAUCACACUGUGGGUGUUGAAUGGAGCAGGGAUCCAGCUACCUACCUUAACUAUGCUCAUGGUUGCCGUGGUUACAGCAAUAUAUUCAACAUGGUCGCAUUCAUAGUGGAAACAAAAACUUUUUAGCACAUUUUUAUACCUGUUUGAUAAAUCAUUGAUGUACAUAUCUGUAAAUGAAAUAUUGUGAUAGAUCCAUACAAUGUAUCAUAGGAUAUUUUUAUACAAAGUGUCAACCAUAUUUUACUAAUUUAACUUUCUAUAUGUAAGACUGUGAAUAAUUUUAAUAUCCCAGGAAUAAUACAGAAGUGACCGUUACCAUAUAUGUAUAUAUAGUUUCAAGGUUCAUGAUAUCCAUAUGUAUACAGAUGGUUUUACCAGUUUGUUUUUCAGUACAGAUGUCUGUUAACUGUUAGACGUGACAUUUUCAACAAUUUUCUUAGGCAGCAUUGUCGAUCAAAAUAUCUGGAAGCAUGUGUGCUAGUAACAUUAUUAGUUACUAUUGCAAGAGAAAAUCCAUUUAUUACCGGUGUUAUCUAGACUGGUAUACCAUAUAUUUGGAGAAUAAGCACUGGUCGCUGCAGAUGCGGCUUUUUUGUCAUUCGCUAUAGCUCUAUGAAAGGAAGCUGUCAGUUUUUGUAUGGAGAAUUACUGGCUAAUAUUCAGGCUAUAGAUUAGAAAUUACCAAGACAACGCUUUCUUUACAAGUUUCGGAUUUUAUGUCUUCAUCAGAAAUAACAACAUACAGUAUUAAGAAAUCCAGAGUUAAAUUAACUUAAGUGCUGUGAGAAAGUUGAAACAGUAUGACAAAAUAUGUACCAGGAGUUAGGUGAUUAAAGAUAGAAAAAAAUAUGUCAAUUUUGCCACAUACUGCUGUGCACAAUGACACAAUCGUCAGAUCUGAGACUCAAGUUACGGGAGAUACAGACAUAAAACAUUUAUAUUUUCGCAUUGUUUUUUUUUUAGUUUUUUUAAUAUAUUACAUUAAUGUACAUAAUACAUUGUAUUUUCAUCAUGUAUAUUGCAUUCCAAGUCAUCCAUUUACAAAGAUUACAUUCUUACAUUCAGAAGUCUUCACAGAUUUUGUAUAUAGUCAGAAAUUCACUGUAUAUGCCAUUAUUUCUGUUGGUAUCACUUACGUUUUGAUAGUGGAGUUUCAAAAAAAAAAAAGAGUUAAUUUUUUAUGCCCCCCAAGGGAGAAAUAUAGUAAUUUCACCAUCGACUUGUCUGAAGGAUUCAGUGUCUGCUAUUAAAAUUUUAUUUUCUUCAAAAAUUAUUUACUUUUUUGUGAAAAGUAGAGACAGAAAUAUUAAGCUAAAGCGUUAAUGUUUGGAGAAGAUGCAACCUAGGGGAGAAAUUGAUUUACAAAAGAGUCGGUAGACUGUAUAGCAGAAUUUUAAAUAUUGUAUUUAUAUGUUGGCAGAAAACAAAUUUAUUGUUAGAAUAGUUUAAUUUUAGUUCUUUCCACCCUUUCAGACAAAUUUACCAUUUCUUUAUAAGGAAAAGUCACCUUUUUAUCGGUUUUAUUUCUAAAUCACUUUUGACAGCUAAAAAAAGCUGCAGUGAUAUCCCAGAAAUAAUGAAAUAUACAGUAUCAUAUUUUGUACAUUCUAUUCUAUGUACCUUUUAGAAAAAGGUUUCCAUUUUUAUCCUGUUUGUACAUAUUACAUAAUAUUACACAGUGCUGAAUAUCGCAUACUCAUAUAAAGUUGAGUUUAAAGAGGAGGUUGUAAAUACCCUUUUUUCAAUUAAUUAUUUUAAAAUAAUUACUUUCAAGCAAAAAGGUUUCUUUUCUAUUAUUUUGUGUGUACAUUAAAAUCUAUAUCAAGGGGCCAUAGAAGCACUGAGAACAGUUUAACUUUCGUGCCUAAAUAAUAAUAUAUACUAUACAGAUUUCCAUUUUGUUAAAGUUUGAUUGGUUGGUAUGAUUUUUAGCUCAUCUGAUUUUUUGAAAAAAAAUGAUGAGUUAUUGUCAUCACUUGAGCGGUUGUCGGCGUCGGCGUCUGCGUCGGCAUUGCCUGGUUAAGUUUUAUGUUUAGGUCAGCUUUUCUCCUAAACUAUCAAAGCUAUUGCUUUGAAACUUGGAAUACUUGUUCACCAUCAUAAGCUGACCCUGUAUAGCAAGAAACAUAACUCCAUCUUGCUUUUUGCAAGAUUUAUGGCCCCUUUUGUACUUAGAAAAUAUCAGAUUUCUUGGUUAAGUUUUAUGUUUAGGUCAACUUUUCUCCUAAACUAUCAAAGCUUUUGCUUUGAAACUUGGAAUACUUGUUCACCAUCAUAAACAGACCCUGUACAUCAAGAAACAUAACUCCAUCUUGCUUUUUGCAAGAAUUAUUGCCCCUUUUGGACUUAGAAAAUCAGUUUUCUUGGUUAAGUUUUAUGUUUAGGUCAGCUUUUAUCCUAAACGAUCAAAGCUAUUCCUUUAAAACUUGCAACACUUGUUCACCAUCAUAAGCUGACCCUGUACAGCAAGAAACAUAACUCCAUCCUGCUUUUUGCAAGAUUUAUGGCCCCUUUUGGACUUAGAAAAUAUCAGAUUUCUUGGUUAAGUUUUAUGUUUAGGUCAACUUUUUCUCUUAAACUAUCAAAGCUAUUGCUUUAAAACUUGCAACUCUUGUUCACCAUCAUAAGCUGACCCUGUACAGCAAGCAACAUAACUCCAUCCUGCUUUUUGCAAUAAUUAUUGCCCCUUUUGGACUUAGAAAAAUCAUUUUCUUGGUUGAAUAUUAUGUUUAAGUCAUCUUUUCUCAUAAACUAUCAAAGCUAUUGCUUUAAAACUUGCAACAGUUUUUCACCAUCAUAAGUGGACACUGUACAUCAAGUAACAUAACUCUAUCCUGCUUUUUGCAAGAGUGAUGGCCCUUUUUAGACUUAGAAAAUCAUGGGUAGGACAAUAUUUCUAUUAUACAAAAAAAAUCAGAUGAGCGUCAGCACCCGCAAGGCGGUGCUCUUGUUUUUAAAUACAUUUUAAAGACAAUGUAGACAAAAAUCUUUAGAUUUAUUAUUUGAAUAAUGAAAUUCAGAAAGUAUUUUUAGCCAUUAGUGUAAUUUUGUACUUAAGAAUUUGUAUAUACAGUUACAUAUCAUUAUACACUUUAUACUGAUAUUUUUAUGAAUAAAAUAUAACUUGCUA